AUGAACAACCUGCUUAAUGCUGGAGGUGUCGAACUUGCCAUGAGGGCCCAGCCCAUGUGGUUCUUCGGUCAGGCUAUGAACCAGCCUCCUUGCAUUCCUACCUUUGCCACCACCAACGGCCAGCAGACUCCUUCCGUCGGCCUUUGCGCCUAUCCCAACGUUGGCUGCAACUGCCGACAGCCCGGCGUUGGCAUCACCAACCCAUCUCCUUCAUUCCCUACCUACUACUCCUACCAGAAGUGUUCCGAUACCAUCAUCCGAAUCCAGUACUCUCUGUUCUACCAGAAGGAUGGUACCUCUCCUGAGGGCAUUUUGGGCCACCCUUACGAUUGGGAGCGUGUCAUUGUUGAGUGGGCCAAGGGCUCAGACGGAAACUGGGUCCAGAACCAGCUUCUUCUGUCCCAGCACUCUGGCUAUGACCGAAGGGCGUGGAGCGCCAUCCAGAACACCUUCAACACUGCUGACGGCACCCUGCAGCGAGGUGGUGACAACGGCCGCCAGAACCUUGACCACCCCAAGGUCUACGUUGCCUGGAGCAAGCACGCCAACUACAACGACCGCAACACUGGCUGGAACGACCCUCUGUCCCAGCUGGACAACAACGCCUUCCGAAGCCAGGACUGGUGGUACUUCCCCGUCGCCUCCGACUACCUCCGUUCCGACGGCUCAACUGCUCUGGGCCAGCAGCUCGGCAGCCUCGACUGGGGCGAUGCCUCCUCCAACCCCCUCUCCGUCCACAAUGGCCUCUGCUCUGCUUAA